AACUGCUGGAAGCUGCUCGCACUGGAAAUGUGGCUCUGGUGGAGAAACUCCUGUCUGGCAGGAAAGGAGGGAUCCUGGGCGGUGGAUCCGGCCCCCUGCCCCUGUCUAAUCUGCUAAGCAUCUGGCGAGGCCCCAAUGUGAACUGCACAGAUAGUUCUGGUUACACUGCUUUACACCAUGCAGCCUUAAAUGGACAUAAGGACAUAGUUCUCAAACUACUUCAAUAUGAGGCAUCAACAAAUGUAGCAGACAACAAAGGUUAUUUUCCUAUUCAUUUGGCUGCCUGGAAAGGAGAUGUGGAAAUUGUGAAAAUUCUUAUUCAUCAUGGACCAUCACAUUCCAGAGUCAAUGAACAGAACAAUGAAAAUGAAACAGCUCUACACUGUGCUGCUCAAUAUGGACACUCAGAAGUAGUUGCUGUUCUUCUCGAAGAGCUCACUGACCCUACAAUUAGGAACAGCAAGCUGGAGACACCAUUGGACCUGGCAGCACUCUAUGGACGACUGAGAGUUGUCAAAAUGAUUAUCAGUGCACAUCCGAACUUAAUGAGCUGCAACACCCGAAAACACACACCCCUCCACCUUGCUGCCCGUAAUGGCCAUAAAGCAGUUGUACAGGUGCUGUUGGAAGCAGGAAUGGAUGUGAGCUGUCAAACAGAAAAGGGGAGUGCCCUCCAUGAAGCAGCUCUGUUUGGAAAGGUGGAUGUUGUACGAAUUCUGUUAGAAACAGGAAUUGAUGCCAACAUAAAAGACAGUUUAGGUAGAACUGUCUUAGACAUUUUGAAAGAACAUCCAUCUCAGAAAUCUCUCCAGAUUGCAACACUCUUACAAGAAUAUUUGGAAGGUGUGGGAAGAUCGGCAGUGCUUGGAGAACUUGUUCAGGAAGAUACAACACAAGAAACACACAUUUCAUCUCCUGUUGAGUCUCCUUCCCAAAAGACUAAAAGUGAAACUGUGACAGGAGAACUAUCAAAACUACUCGAUGAAAUAAAACUCUGUCAAGAAAAGGAUUAUUCUUUUGAAGAUUUGUGCAACACAAUAUCAGACCACUACUUAGAUAAUUUGAGCAAGAUUUCAGAGGAAGAACUUGGGAAAAAUGGAAGCCAGAGUGUAAGAACUUCAUCUACAAUAAAUUUGUCACCAGGAGAAGUGGAAGAAGAUGAUGAUGAUGAAAAUACUUGUGGGCCCACAGGACUUUGGGAAGCAUUAACUCCUUGUAAUGGAUGUAGAAACCUUGGCUUUCCCAUGCUUGCACAGGAGUCCUAUCCAAAGAAGAGGAAUUACACUAUGGAAAUUGUACCAUCUGGUUCUCUGGACACAUUUCCUUCAGAAAAUGAGAACUUUCUAUGUGAUCUCAUGGACACAGCUGUUACAAAGAAACCUUGCUCCUUAGAAAUCGCAAGGGCACCUUCCCCAAGAACUGAUAAUGCCUCUGAGGUAGCAAUUACUGCUCCAGGAACUAGUAACCCUAGAAACAGUUCAACAGGUCCAACACCCGACUGCUCACCUCCAUCCCCUGAUACUGCCCUCAAAAAUAUUGUAAAAGUUAUUCGACCACAGCCCAAACAGCGAACAUCCAUUGUGUCAUCUCUGGAUUUUCAUCGAAUGAAUCACAACCAAGAGUACUUCGAAAUCAACACCUCUAUGGGGUGUAUAAGCUUUACUUCCAGCCCUCCUGUUAGUCCUCCCACCUCCUCGGCUGAAACCACAGACGGCAAGAAUGAGAGACCUGACCAAAAAGAUGACCCCUCUCAACAGGAAACCAGUGAUCCCCCAAAAGAAUAUGAUCCUGGGCAAUUUGCAGGCCUUCUCCAUGGAUCCUCUCCAGCCUGCGAGUCCCCUGAAAACCCAUUUCAUCUGUAUGGGAAAAGAGAGCAAUGUGAAGAAGGACAAGAUGAAAGCAGUUUGGCAAGCAGUCCUUUGCCUUUUAAGCAGACUCCAAUAGAAAAGAACUCAGAACCGUUGGUAAAGAAAAUUAAACCCAAAGUGGUCAGUAGAACCAUUUUCCACAAAAGAAGCAAUCCAAUAGAGAAUCACACCAUCAUUGGUACAAGAGCAACCAGGAGUGGAUCCCGGAGUGGGGACCAGUGGGUUGUGAACACAGGGGGAUUUGUGGAGAGAGCAUGCACUCUGGGAAGAAUAAGGUCAUUGCCUAAAGCCCUGAUCGACAUGCAUUUAUCCAAAAAUGUCUCUAAAUCUGAUUCUGAUCUCAUUGCCUACCCUUCAAAGGAGAAAGCAUCAAGAGUUAACUGGAGUGAAUCUUCAACUGCUGAACACAGUUCUAAAGAGAACUCUGAACGAACACCGUCUUUCACAUCUGAGUGGGAAGAAAUUGACAAGAUAAUGAAUUCCAUAGAUGUUGGCAUCAACAGUGAACUUGAAGAAAUGAAUGGAGAGGUCAUGAGACCCAGAUGCCCUGUGCAAUCAGUGGGACAAUGGUUGGAAAGCAUUGGGCUACCUCAGUACGAGAACCACCUGAUGGCUAAUGGAUUUGACAAUGUGCAGUUUAUGGGAAGCAAUGUUAUGGAAGAUCAGGAUUUGUUGGAAAUCGGAAUCCUUAAUUCUGGGCAUAGACAGAGAAUUCUACAGGCAAUCCAGCUCCUUCCAAAGAUGAGACCGAUUGGUCACGAUGGCUACCAUCCCACCUCUGUAGCUGAGUGGCUGGAUUCCAUUGAGCUGGGUGACUACACCAAAGCCUUUCUAAUUAAUGGCUACACGUCAAUGGACCUGUUGAAAAAAAUCUGGGAAGUUGAACUUAUUAACGUUUUAAAAAUCAGUUUGAUUGGCCACAGGAAACGCAUUUUGGCUUCUCUGGGAGACAGGCUGCACGAAGAUCCUCCACAGAAGCCCCCUCGGUCCACCACCCUCAGGGAACCCAGUGGUAAUCACACUCCUCCUCAGUUGUCUCCAUCACUUAGCCAAAGCACUUACACCACUGGUGGCUCCCUAGACGUUCCUCACAUUAUCAUGCAGGGCGAUGCAAGGAGGAGAAGAAAUGAAAACUACUUUGAUGAUAUUCCCCGAUCAAAACUGGAGAGGCAGAUGGCUCAGACAGGAGACUGGGGAGAACCUUCUAUCACCUUGAGGCCUCCAAAUGAAGCCACAGCCUCAACUCCAGUGCAGUACUGGCAGCAUCACCCAGAGAAGCUCAUCUUCCAGUCAUGUGACUACAAGGCUUUUUAUUUAGGUUCUAUGCUGAUAAAAGAGCUCAGGGGGACAGAAUCCACCCAAGAUGCUUGUGCAAAAAUGCGGGCUAACUGUCAGAAGUCUACAGAGCAAAUGAAGAAGGUCCCUACUAUUAUUCUUUCAGUCUCAUAUAAAGGAGUCAAGUUUAUUGAUGCAACAAAUAAGAACAUAAUUGCUGAGCAUGAAAUUCGUAAUAUCUCCUGUGCUGCCCAAGACCCAGAAGACCUCUCAACGUUUGCUUAUAUCACAAAAGAUUUGAAGUCCAAUCACCACUACUGUCACGUGUUUACUGCCUUCGAUGUGAAUUUAGCUUACGAAAUCAUCCUAACACUGGGCCAGGCGUUUGAGGUUGCUUACCAGCUAGCACUACAGGCAAGAAAAGGGGGGCAUUCCUCCACACUUCCGGAAAGCUUUGAAAACAAGCCCUCCAAGCCCAUCCCCAAGCCCCGCGUCAGCAUCCGCAAGUCCGUGAUCGACCCUUCUGAGCAAAAGACUCUGGCCAACCUGCCGUGGAUUGUGGAGCCGGGGCAAGAAGCCAAGCGGGGCAUUAAUACCAAGUAUGAAACCACGAUUUUCUGA